CGCGGUUGCAUGGACACAUCCAAGCUCGUACAUUCGCGUAUUUCUCUUGCAACUGCAUCUUGAAAUAUGGACGCUCUCUUAGAAGAAGCAGAGGACGGAGAGGACGGAUACGAUGCGUUCGACGUGUCGUACGAGGAAACGAGGCAAACAAGAGACGCGGAUUUGCCUACUAUUGGUGUGAGCGGUGCUGUCAAUGAUGACGUGUUUGCUACGCCAGAUGGCGAUCAGUUUAUCAGCCCAGUUGAGAGAAAACAUUACAACUCAGACGAGGAUAACAGUCGUCAUGUUAUCUCUCCGUUUGUCGCUGCUGUCAAGCCCGUCACCACGCCACCACUAGACACUGACCUAGAAACUCUAUCUGACGUUGAAUCAUACUUUCAAGACGAUUGGUUGAACGACAGCGAACAUGAUUUUGAAAAGUCUCAUGUGGAAUCGAGAGAAGGUGGUAGGGAAGUGAUUGGAAUGCAGGAACGCGUGGCUAUGCUGAGACUGAGAAGAGAAGUGGAUGAGAUUAACAAACUGGUCGCCGACUGUCAACUGCAAGUUCAAGAGUCAAAGAGAGAGUUGGUAAAGUGUCAUGACAUGAUUGAUGCCUUACAAGCAGAACGUCUUUCUGUUGAGGCAGAAAUUCAACGUCAUGAAGAGAAGAAGAAUAUAGCUGUUGUCAUGAGACUAAAAGGCCAAGUGAGUCGAAUCAGUCAACAAAUCGAAACAGAGAAAUCAAUUGAACAACAGAUAAAACAAACUAUUGAUAAAGCAGAACUGGCUCUACACCACGCCGAGUUAGAUCAGCACAGAAACGAAACAACUGCCAAGCAAUUAGCAGGGAUGGAAGAAACAUUUGAGAAGCAGAACGAAGUUGCAGCAGUGAAGAGAUUGAAGGAAGAAAUCAAAACAGCAGCAGCAGCCGAUGCAGCGAGAAAAAUCAAACAAAGAGAAGAGACAGAAGCGGCAGAACGAGCCGAACAGAAACGUAGAGAUCUUAUAGCCGAUGCACAACUAAGUCAAGCAAAGACGGCAAGAUUUCUUGAAGAAACCUUGUCUAGAAUGAGACAGCAAGAUGUAGCCAAUCACAAACAGAAUUCAGAAAUGAUGAAACAGCGAAUGCAGUCACUACUAAGGCUGAAGACAAACAUUCAAGAUAACAGAGACAGCAUGAGAGCUCUACAGAUGAUACGGAACAAGCACAAGUCAAUAGCUGAUUGUGAGGAGAAGAAAGAAAGACAGAAAGCAACAGAAGAAGGGCUGAACCCAGUCGAGGUUCUUAUGAAGAAGAAGCGCUUGCAGGCAUUGUUUAAGGAGAAGGAGGAAUUCAGCAAGCAACAGGAGAAGAAUAAGGUGAACAUUGUUGACAAACUUUUGCGUGAACAAGAACAAGCAAAGAAAAGGGAAAAGAAAGAUCAACAGCCCCAGUGGCAAAGCAAGCAAGAAACAAAAAAAUCAAGUCACGACAUUGUUACGUCUUCUGUGGGUGUCCAUGUGGAUAUUGAGGCUGCUCAGAACAAGGAGGUGGUUGAUAUUGAUGGAGAAGAGAAGGCAGAGACAGAAAUGAAAGACAUGCUGUCACCAGCCAAUCAGGCUGCUUCCAUUCUUACAUCAGUAGAGAGCGAUCAAGAUGCAAGGGUUGAGGACGUUCAACUUGGAGGUCCUUCUAUGGGAGUUCAAGGCUUGUGGCAGCCAGAAGAUCAUUUGUUGCCAUCGUUUGAUCAAGAUAAACACAAGAACAAACUAGAAGCAGAGAUGAUGGAUCGGGUCAUGCAAAAGCUGAAAGAGAGCGUCGUAAUCACUCAAGUUGCAGCUGGGAAAGAAUUCAAGGGCAGACCGUUUAACAGCAAGCCAGAAGUGAUUAUAUUUGAAGACUUUGACGUUGGCAAGACUUACCACAAGAAAGUCGUUCUCACUAACGUGUCUUACACAAUCAACUACUGCAAACUGCAGGGCAUGUCUGACAGUCUGGCGAACAGUAUUGAUAUAACGUUUGAUCCACCCGGUGUGAUGUCAGCCGGAAUGACGUGUGAAAUGAUCGUCACAUUUAUUCCCGAGGUCAACUCUGAUCUAUCCGGUGAGGUAUUCUUUCUAGCUCAGACUGGAUCGUUUUCUGUGCCUAUUCAGUGCGUGACGAAAAAGUGCAAGUUGUCUGUGAGCUCCAGUUGUGUCGAGUUUCGACCAGCAUGUGUAGGAGAGACAAGACGACGGACAUUUCAGUUAAAGAACGAGGGAGCACUAGGGACAAGAUACGUGAUAAAACAAAUAUCUGACGUUGACUCAAGUGAUCAAGGGAGCGUGUCCUUGCAGUUCUCUCAACCUGGUCGCAAUUCUGUCAGUGAGAUUGACAGUACAGACACUGCCGACGGUGCCAACGUGUCAUCAGAGCAUGAACAACAGAUUUCAUUGGGAUCUCUCCAAUUGAAUACCAAUGAUACCAACUUACUUUCCAAGACUAUUGACCAUGUAAGCUCAUCGCUGUUGCAUACUGUUGUUGAACGUGAGGAUGAAGGUGAAGACGAAGGAGAAGAGAAGGCGGAAAGUGAAGGAGCAAGUGAUAAAAGGGAUGAGGGGAAGAAGAGCGACAAGGAAUUGGGUGAUCAAUCAGAAACAAAGUCAACAGCUGUGUCUUUAGUGGAUGAUCCUAUGGUGAUUGAAACUGAGUCACUAAAGCAGUCACAAGUGACUGUGCAGUCACUUGUCACUGCAGAGCUGACAGCAUCUAGUCAAUUGUUAUCAGAACAGUUACAAGAGAAACAAGAUGCUCAGAAUGCAAGUGAACUUGAGCAGUCUCUUGGGCCUGCAGAGUAUCCUCUUAAGUUUGGAGUGAAUGCAAAAAGCUUUCUUGAUCCACAUUCAUCUCUUGACAUCGAAGUCAUCUUUACUCCUGUAACAGCCGGUAACUUUGAGAAAAAGUACAGAAUUGUCUUCUCGGAGCAAGCAACAGAGGAGAUCAUCAUAACAGUGACUGGAUCCGCUAUUGAUCUCCCAAUUUACGUUGAGAAACAAGUGAUUCAAUUGAAGGUGUGCAUGCUGGACCAUCUCUACCAAGAGGCAGUUCUUGUUCACAACAGAUCAGCAACUGCAUUGAGGGUAACAUUCACUGUUCCUCCUGCUCUGCGAGAUCACAUCGAAAUUCUACCAAAACACGGUCUUGUGCAAGGCGAAUCGUCGUUUUCUGCACAACUGAAAUUUUUGCCACGGCGUUCAAUACUGGAAGUGUGCAGUGAGCGUUUAAACGUGCAUACUGGAAAACUGGACAUUCCAGUAACAAUUCAGGUUGCUGAUCAGACACGGCCAGUAUUCUUUACUGUCCAAGCUGUCGUGACCAGUACAGACCUUGAGUUCGACACCACAAACAUUGACUUUGGGACGUGCACUAUUUACGAAGCAGUUGUGAGUACGAUUCGACUAAGCAACAAGUCAGUUCUACCACAAGCCUACGGUUUUGUUCAGCUGCCCAAGGGUGUUGAUGUUCAACCGAAUGAUGGAUUUGGUACUUUGCUUCCAGAAGAGACUAUCAGCCUUGACAUUAUUUUCAGUCCUGAAAAGCCGAAGGAAUACAAGUUAACUCUGACGUGCAAAUCAGGCAUUGGAAGAGAGUUCCAAAUCAACUUUGUGGCUAUCGCCAUUCUUCCUGCUUUGUGCCUGUCUCACAACGUCAUCGACUUUUGCCCCACACCCAUUGAAGACUCUCGCUCAACUCUUGUCUACGUCGAAAAUCCCAUCCACAGCCCUCUUAGCGAAGAAUCAAUCAGAGGUCAAGCGCCACCUUCUCUACCCAUGGCAUUUGAAUUUGCCGUUCCUCAGGGCUACCCUUUGUACAUAUCACCUACUGUAGGCAUCGUGCAACCAGGCGAGAGACAUCAAGUUUCAGUAACGUUUGCUCCUCGUCUUGAUCGGGGAGCUGUUAUGGCUCACGCUUGGAAUUUAGCUAAAGAGAAGGCACUGCUGGCAGCUAAAGUUAAUCGAGAGGCAGCAGAGAUGGCAGCAGCAAAGGAAGCUGAGGAGAAAAGUCAGCUUCAAAGUCAAGGAGCUGGUAAAAAGAAGAGAGGGGUGGAUCGGAAGGGUGCCAGUAGUGGUAUGAAGAUGGCACCUCGUUGUUCAACAAGUAUGACAAACAAGAGGGGACAAGAACAGAAAGAGGUUUCUCAACCUGUUGAAGGGUCCGAUGAGUAUUGGGAGGCAUCCUCUGCUUUACUUCGGACCUUCAACAAUGAGUCGACUCGUCUGUUUGUUCCUUGCUUUGUUGCUGCCAUCAAGAAAUCCGAUAAAUUGGACUACAGGCCUGACGAUACGUUGCACUUGGAAGUGAGUCUUCCCACUGUUCGUCCAAAGCUGGUGCUUGACAGAGGAUCGAAUAUAGUCGACUUUGGUCCAGUGUGUAAAGGUCACAUGAAGUUGAAGACUGUAGUCUUAAAAAAUAUCUCAGACCAGGUUCUUACGUUGAGGUCGUCUGUGCUGGAUCCAGACGGAACGUUUGAGUUGAGGAAUGCGUUGCGUCCUAUUCGUCCUGGAAGAACGCACGGCAUGAUGAUCGGGUUUUGUCCUGCGACGGCCGAAAAGUUUUGGGAGGUGAUGAACGUAUUUUACGGCGAUUCUUCCGUCUCCCUGCGUCUCUCCGGAGAGGGAGUCACUCCACAAGUGUCCCUCUCUCUUGAGGAAGAUGUAAUAGACUUGGGGGACCUUCUUCCACGCGACUCGUCAUCACGGACUUUCCAAAUUGCCAACACGUCUCCCAUUUCCGUCCAAUACUGCGUGCGACUCGACAGCUCGUUGUCGGGCUCGAAGAGCGGACGUCGGCGCGGUUUCGACUUGCUUGCCGAGCGAGACGCCAUCGGAAGAUCAAACGCGUUCGAAACGGGAAAGAAAUGCGACGAAGGCUCGUGUCCGUUCGACGUCAGUCCGUUCAAGGCGACCAUCACUGCAGGACAAUCGCGGAACGUGACGGUCAAGUUCUCUCCGGACCAUCCGGGUUUGCGUUAUUUCGACACAGCUCGGAUAGAGUUGAGCACACAAGAAGACGCCAAAGCGGUAGAACUGGUCGGUCGCUGUUGGGCAAACAACAUGUACACCACAGGUUGGAACGACUUUUCUACACGACGAGAGCUCAGUGAUUACCGUCACAGAUCUGAUGCAGAGACUGAUGGAAAACUUCCUACAGGCUCGGUUUCGCUAAUUCUUAGCAGUAAGGGUGGCAAAUUGUCCUCACGUCGGAUAGAAGUGGGCAGCAUCAAGAGCGCUCUUAUCAAGAAGUCGUCUGGUGACUUCGUCUUCGAUCCUUUACCAACUGCGUUAGGGAAAACGUUUCAAAUUGACACCAUGAAGGCGGUUGUCGAAGGCGGCACGAGAAAGGUCGUUACCAUUACAUUCUGUCCACAACAAGAUCAUAAGUUGUCUGAUGUUAUUACUGCCAAGACUAUGCUUACUCUGAAAGGAGAAAAGAUUCAGCAGUUUGAAGUUAGUUUGUGUGGCAUUAUCAAGUCACCAUAACUUAAUUCCUAGACAGAUGAAUAGUGGAGAUGAAGGUAUCAGUGUUCGACAGCAAAAGAAUUUAUUCUUCUGUAACGGGUAACAUGGAAAUACCUCUAGUACAAAUCGUUUGCUUCUUAUUGAAAUUUAUUUUGUGUUCCUUGUGAGUCGGUUAGCUAAACUCUGUGAGGAACGUAUAUAACUCUAUUUCAGUAAUUGUUUUAUCAACUAGUGUUGAAACUAGCUGAUAAACACUUAAUUGGACAGCUAAUACAUGCAGGGUGUCACUCCAGUUCUUGGCUGACAUCUAGAUUGACU